AAAGAUGAUAAUUUAAUGAAUAUAUAUUUUAUUUUCAAAUAUACAUUAAACACGUUAUAUUAUUUAGAGGGUACUACAUAGGUCACAUGGUGGUACACCAAAGAAGGAGAAAAAAUUGUUACAAAAUUUCACUCCAAUUUAUGUUCAAAAUUUUUUAUGAAUUAUAUACAAUUUUAAUAAUGGUAAAAAUUUGGUUUAAAAAUGACAUUUUAGUCUUAUCAAAUAAAAUUCAUACUUUGAUAAAAAUUUCUUUUAAAUGAAUAUAUAAAUUCAUUAUUAAAACAAAUAUUUUUCUUAAAAUACGAUUGAGGUAAUACAGUGUAACAAUUUUAAACAUUGUUAUUAUUUAAAUAUAAUUAUUUAAUUUAUUGUUUUAUUUUCAAUUUUAAUACAUAAAUUAAUUAUGUUCUCUAAUUUUUAAUUAAAAUUUAAUAUACAUAAAAUUUAUAAUGAUAAUUUUAAUUAUGUUUUAAUAUUGUUUAACCUAAAACUGUCAAAUAUAAAAUAUAUUUUUUUUCACAAUGAAGAGUGAAAUGAAAAUAACAUUAAAAAUUAUAUAUAGGAAAAUCUAUAUUAUUGAUUAAUAAUGAAAUUAAUAUGUAUAUUAUGGAUAGCGAAAAACAAAAAGAUGAGAUCAUUGCAUUGGAAAGUAUUUAUAAUUCAGAAGAAUUUUUAUAUCACAAGGAAGAUGAUCAUUAUCAAUGUACUUUUAUGAUAUUUAUAAAUCUUCCAGCAGAUUAUCAUAUUAUAUAUAAGAAUUCUACACAAGAUGAAUCUGAGCAAAAGAUUAAAAUCUCUUAUUUGCCACCAUUAAGACUUCAUGUUUUUUUACCAAAAAAUUAUCCUUCUGAGUUACCACCUAAGUUUACUUUAUAUUCAUCUUGGUUACAUCUUUCAUUAUUAACUAUAUUAUGUAAAAAAUUGGAUAAAUUGUGGGAGGAAAACAAAGGACAAGAAAUAUUAUUUACAUGGGUAGCUUUUUUACAAGAAACUUUAGAAUUCUUAAAUAUACAAGACAAUCUUAAUAUGAGUUGUGCUUACACACAUUAUAAAGAAGCUUUAGAAAUAGCACAUAAUAUUCAUAAAAAUAAAAUAGAUAAUGUAGAUAAAGAAUGUAAUAUUGAAGAUGCAAAAAAUAGAACAAUGAAAGAAGUUACUACCAAGCAUUUAAAUAAAAAAAUGAUAAGAAAAUAUUAUGAUAAAAGAGCUAUUUUAGAUUUUCCUAUUGGAAGAAACCCUAUACAAGCAUUAAUUGAUUAUAAUGAGAAGCGUAAUCAAAUCGAAUUCAAAAAAAAUUUCUAUACUUGUAAGAUUUGUUUUGUGGACAAAAUAGGAGAACAUUGUACACAAUUUUUACCUUGUGGUCAUAUAUUUUGCAAAGAUUGCAUAACUGGUUAUUUAGAAGUAAGAAUUAAGGAUGGAAAUGUGCAAAAUAUUUAUUGUCCAGAAGAAAAAUGUACCUCUGAAGCAACUCCUGCUCUGAUAAAAGACUUAGUAAGUUCAGAAUUAUUUGCAAAAUAUGAUUCUAUAUUACUAAAUGCCACAUUAGAUACUAUGGGUGAUAUAGUAUAUUGUCCAAGACGUAGCUGUCAAUAUCCAGUUAGUCGCGAACCAAAUGAACAAAUGGCAAAUUGUCCAAUUUGUCAAUAUGCAUUUUGUGUUUAUUGCAAAAUGGUAUAUCAUGGUAUAGAACCAUGCAAAGUUUAUUCUGCUGAAAUACAUAAAGUGAUAGCUGAAUAUCAAGAAGCUUCCGAUGAUAAGAAAUUACAAAUGGAACAACGUUAUGGAAAAAAACAACUUCAAACUUUGGUAGAAAAUGCCAUGUCUGAAAAUUGGAUUAAAAGUAAUAGUCAGAAAUGUCCUAAAUGCCAAGCUGCCAUUGAGAAAUCAGAUGGCUGUAAUAAAAUGGUGUGUUGGCGAUGCAAUACAUUCUUCUGUUGGUUAUGUAGUACUAUUCUUGAUCGUAAAAAGCCAUAUAAACAUUUUCAAGAUAUGAAUUCUAAGUGCUAUAAUAUGUUAUAUUAUGGAAUGCUAAUUCAAGAUGAUAAUGCAGAUAUUCAUAAUUUUCCACCUUAUCCAAUUUAUGAAUUAGAAGAUGAAGACUUCUUCGAAGACAUUGUAGCAUAAAAAUAAAAUAAAAUAUUAUCACGUUCAAAAAAUAGUAACCGUUACCUGUUACUUUUUUUUUUUGGUGAAUAUAUAAUGAAUUUCGAAGAUUCAAACAACACAUAAAAUAUGUUAAUUAAAACUACGUUUAUUUAAUUCUUAUUUAUAAAAGUAUUCAUGUACAAAGAAACAUAUAAUAAAUGUAUAUAGCA